UGACACGAUGUCAAAAUUCCAAAUUUCUUCUUAUCUCAACUAAGCCCGCGCCCGAAAUAGCACCGAGUUCACGUAAAAUAAAGCAAGGGUCAAUGGUAUGAGGUCAUCUGGGUAUGUCAUCUCCACUACAAGAGCCAGACCUUAAUACCUCGCCGACACCUGACCCAGGGACCACCGACAAUAAUGACCCCUCUGCUGUCUGUACAGACUCAGACAGUGACACCGACGGACCCGAGCCAGACGCACCCCGGCCCACUCUCGUGCUGAAGAUGUUAAGUUUACUCAAAGAACUGAGCAUCAUGGCUUUGGUAGCUCUGGCGUACGCAGCCCUAACCAACGAGAGGCCCCCGAAAGUGAGCAAGAGUCCCGCCGCCUAUCCGUUCUUUCCGAGGGACUCGCACGUCACUGACUGGUACAAGGGGCAGAUCACGGCGGCGAUAGAGGAAGCUCGGGCUUCGGAUUUGGCGUUCGUGAUGUUUUACGCCCCGUGGGACGCGGAGAGCCAGAAUGCGCGGAGGGAGCUGGAGCUGGCGGCCAAGUAUUUGCAUGAGAAGGUGGCUUUUGCGGCGGUUAAUUGCUGGCAGCCGGGCAGCGAAUGCAAGAGACAGUAUAGUAAGGUGUACAAGUGGCCUGUGUUGAUUGCGUAUCCUACGCACGGGAGGGGGAUCCAGUAUAAUGGGCCUCUGGAGGCUUUUCAUAUGAUUAGGUUUUUGUUGAAUAUGUGUCAGCCUUUGGUGAGGCCGGAUAAGCUGGAUGAUCUCAUGGGCAAACAUAAUAUCGUCGUAUCAGCUAACAUAAACGUCCUACCCGGAAGUUACGACUAUGCUGUUUUCUAUGCGACUGCUUUAAGGUUCCUAGAACGAGAUCCCUUUAGGGACACAGUUUUUGCAGUUUUUCCGCAAAAGUACGACGACGAGGGUUCCAUAUUUUUACAUAACUGGAAUGGUACGAUUAAAUAUGACGGAGAAUGGAGUCCUGACUCGAUAGCUCAAUGGAUCGUGAUGAACUCCCACCAUUUAACGGGUUGGGUCACCCCAACAGGCAUGAAAAGCGUAACUCUUGCCACUUUCAUGCAGCCAGGACCUACUCUGAUUUUGUUUACUCCUAAAAACCCUCUCGUGAGAGAAAAUGACUACUACGAUAUGUUGAGAGAGAUUGCGCAUGAGUACUUUAACUGUGAAACUGAGACGUACGUUUCAACUAGGCUUAAACUAAUUACAGCGGAACGAACAAGAAACAAAGAAAACUAUUAUAAAUUGAAGAACAAAUGUUUGAAUCGCCAAACGCCUGCGCGCAGAGGCGUCAUAACUAACCUUUCGAACAUUUGGACCAAUACGACUUUCAGAGAUAUAUGCAAUUGCGUAAGCUCCGCCCCUAUCUAUACACCGUGCCCAAAAAGUGACACUUCAGUCUCAGUACCUGAUAAGCUAUCGCCUAAUCAAUUGCAGAAAGCCGUACGCGAAGAAGAGUGCCAUAAUUUCUUAUUGGCCGAGAAAUACGCUCCUCCCAUUUUUGAAAGGCGUGGCGUCGAGGGAGGAGCCAACGUGACAGGUCUGGCCUGCGCCACCAACUCCAGCCUGAAGUUUGUGGCCAUCGACAGUCUGCGCUUUUUUCAAUUCGCCGAAAGGCUGGGCCUGGAUUUGUCUAAAUCUGAAGACAAAAGCGGGGUGGUUGUGGUUAAUGAGAAGAUGGAAACGCAUCACGUCAUGGCUGCCAACAUAAGUUCGGCGAAUUUACGGUCAUACGUGCACAACUUCACUCAGAAGACGUUGUCUCGGUCUUUGCGGUCGAAAGUGUACAUAAAUGCGUCUGAGCAUGUUUAUCCUUAUUCGAAUUGCUCGAAACGGGAGCAGUUUUGCUUGAUGGAGCUGUCAAGUGAGAAUUUUCUUUCGACUAUUCUUCAGAGGAAUAAGGUGGUUCUAGUGUUCUAUUAUUCUAAACAAUGUUCGUUUUGUAAUGGGAUUGGGUAUAUGUUUUUGACAGUAGCGAAACUGUUGGUAGGAGUGGAUGAUAUUAUUUUUGCCAGGAUUGACGGGGAGUCGAACUUAUUACCAUGGGAGUACACGAUGGAGAGCUACCCCACAAUAUUGUUUUUACCAGCGUACGGGAAAUCCGAAUCGCGGACUUUUCCCAAAAACCUCCCCAUAACGGUGCCAAAUCUCAUCGGCUUUAUCCUUACGAACGUAGAGCCCGUACUUAAACUAAAAACCAUGUGGUCCAUUUGUUGCCAAACUAAGUUCGCAGCUGAGAAAGCUCAGUGUUUGGCGUCGCUGCGUAUGGAGACGUUGUCCAUUAUUGGAAGGACGUUGAGGGAGUGGAGAAUUUCGGCGCAGAAGCAGAAGAUCUUGUACAAGUUGCAGGUGCUUAAGCAUCUGCAUUUGUUGUUUGCUCAUUCUCCAGAAGAUCAUGUACAGAUUAGGACUUAUUUGAAUAAACUAAGAGGUUGAUGUUAAGGGCCAAAGACGUGUCAAGGUGAAUCACCAAGUGCACUUAGAAGAAAUCUACAUUCCGAAUUGAUGUAUUUUGGGAUGUCUACUCUUAAUUAUCUUUUUUGUUUUGCAUGAUGUCUGUGAUAUAAUUUAAUAAAGAAGAUUUACAAGUAGAA